AUGCGACGACCAAUUCUCCGGAGCUUGUCGUUUUUUCCAAAAUGUCAUUGGAUGAAGACUAGUCGGUGCUAUGCUACACUUAAUUCUCCUAGGUUACCUGGAGCAGGAGGAGGAGGAGGAGCAGAAAAGAAACCAAAAGUUGGUACAGAACAAUUUCGAAAAGAACUUGAGGAAAGGAUAUCCAAUAUACCUAUUGAGAACUAUAGAAACUUUAGUAUUGUUGCACAUGUUGACCAUGGUAAGUCCACCCUAUCUGAUCGACUUUUGGAGCUAACGGGUGUGAUAGAACCUGGGUGUAGGUCUCAGGUGCUUGACAGGUUGGACGUGGAGAGAGAACGAGGUAUCACCGUUAAGGCCCAAACGGUUUCAAUGAUUUACAAAGAUCCUAGUUCGGAAAGGGACUUUUUAUUGCAUUUGGUGGAUACUCCGGGUCAUGUAGAUUUUAGGGCCGAAGUAUCCAGAAGUUAUGCUUCGUGUGGCGGUGCAUUACUUUUAGUUGAUGCAUCUCAAGGUGUUCAAGCUCAAACAGUGGCCAAUUUUUAUUUAGCUUACAGCAUGAACCUCAAAUUAAUACCUAUCAUUAACAAGAUUGAUCUUGGUCUGGCAAAUGUACCAUUGGCUAUGGAACAAGUGGAGUCGACAUUUGAACUUGAUCCAAAAGAUUGUAUUGCAGUUAGUGCUAAAACAGGUUUAAAUGUCGAAAAUAUUAUUCCCGCAAUUAUCGAAAGAAUACCUCCGCCCGUUGGUGAUGAAAACAAACCAUUGAAAGCUUUGUUGGUGGACUCGUGGCAUGACCCUUAUGUUGGUGUAGUAAUGUUGGUACACAUUGUAAAUGGGAAAUUGAAAAAGGGAACAAAGGUUGUUUCGGCACAUUCUAGUAAGUCUUACGACGUGAAGGAAGUGGGUAUAUCCUAUCCAGAUAGAACCCCGAUUCUGUGCAUCAAAGCUGGACAAGUGGGGUACGUGAUUCCUGGAAUGAAGGAUCCACGUGAGGCGCUUGUUGGAGACACAUUUUUCGAAUUGGGAAAAAACAAAGGAUUGGAGCCAUUGCCUGGAUUUGAGGAACCAAAACCUAUGGUUUUUGUUGGAGCCUUCCCAGCAGAUGGUAAAGAUUUCAAGGCGAUGGAUGAUCAAAUGCAAAACUUAGUGUUGAAUGACAGAUCUGUGAGCUUGGAGAAGGAAACCUCAAAUGCUUUGGGCUUAGGUUGGAGGCUUGGAUUCUUGGGCUCUUUACAUGCUUCUGUUUUCAAAGAACGGUUGGAAAAGGAGUAUGGGGCCAAAAUCAUUCUCACAGCACCCACGGUUCCUUAUAAGAUUAUUUACAAAAACGGAAAAGAGAAAGUGAUUACCAAUCCAGAUGAAUUUCCGUCGAACAAGGUAACCGAUCAAGUAAAGUGCUACAUGGAGCCAUACGUUGAGGCGAUCAUGACAUUACCGAAUGAGUAUGUCGGGACUGUGAUGACCCUUUGUUUGAAUAAUCGGGGUAUACAGAAGGCAGUUGAAUAUUUGAAUACAGGGCAGACGUUGUUGAAGUACGAAAUUCCAUUAUCGCAAUUGGUGGAAGAUUUUUUCGGUAAGCUCAAAGGUUGUACAAAGGGUUACGCGUCGUUAGAUUAUGAGGAAGCUGGGUAUAGAGAUUCGGAUAUUGUGAAAAUGGAACUAUGUGUUAAUGGAGAACCACAAGAUGCGUUAACGACUAUUGUCCACAGGUCGCAAGCUCAAGCCAGAGGGAAGGAAUAUGUGUCAAGGUUUAAAAAGUAUUUACGUUAUCAAUUAUUUGAAGUUGCAAUUCAAGCCAAAAUCAAUAAUAAAGCUAUAGCUAGAGAAACAAUCAAGGCUAAGCGCAAGGAUGUUACUCAAAAAUUGCAUGCUGCAGAUAUCUCACGAUAUAAAAAGUUACUAGAAAGGCAAAAAGAAGGUAAAAAGCAGAUGAAAGCUACAGGGCAUAUUAGUAUUGGAAAUGACGCGUACCAAGCUUUCUUACGACGAGAUGAUUAG